GGGGGGCGUGGUCUGAUGUGGGCGGUGCCCGGUGGGCGUGUCUCCGUGAGGGGCGGGGCCACUGAGGGGGCGUGGCCUGGAAGCGGCGGCGGCGCGGGACGCGCGAGAAUGUCCUCGGGCCGCCCCGCAGCUCCGUCCCCGCCGCCGGGGGGGCUCCCCGGGCCGCCCCCCCCCCGCCGCCGCCGCCGGGGCCCGGCCCCGGGCCCGCCCCUCCCCGCCGGCGGCAAUGACGUGUUCGUGACGUCACGCUCGGAUUUCCGGGCGCAGCUGCGGCGCUGCCAGCGGCUGCUGGCGCCGGGCGGGGCUCCCGGGGCCGCUCCCGCUCCCGCUCCGCCCGGGGAGCUGCGGCUGCACGGGCUGGGCCUGGCCGUGCCCCGCACCAUCAACCUGGCGCUGCAGCUGCAGGCGGGCGCGGGGGGGGCCCUGCGGCUCCACGCCAGCACCUCCUCCGUGCCGCUCCGCGCCCCCCGCCACCGCCGCCCCGCGGCCCCCGACGGACACGAGUCCGGGGACGGCGACGGCGAGGACGGGGAUCCCCCCCGCCACAACUCGGCCAUUCACAUCCGCCUCUGCAGGGAAGCGCCCUGUGCCUGAGGGGGGCCGGGGGGGUCCCGGGGGCUCCCGGGGGGUCCCGGGGGCUCCCCCGGUGUCCUGGGCUCUGUCACCUGCGUGGGGACACCCGAACCCCGCCGCCACCCCGGUCCCCAGCUCUGUCGCGGCCGCGGGGACGCCCCGAGGGCACCGACGCCCCCCGGGGCCACCCCUGGGCGAGAGCAGCUCGAACCGGGGCCACCGGGAGCCGGAAAGGACUUGGGGACAACCGAGAGGCCACCGAGAGUCUGAGGCCACCGCGAGGCACCGGUGGCCUUGGGGACACUGUGACCUGACUGAUGCUCUGGGGACACGCGCGAUGCCACCGGUGGCUCGAGGCCACCGCGCUGCCACCGAGGUCGAGAGCACGGGGCCACCACCGCGUUCCCCCCGAGCCCCUCGAUGUCACCCUGAGCCCCUCCCCGCAGCAGCCUCGGGGACUCCGGGGGGGACACGGGGAUGUGACACCCGAAUAAAGCCGGUGGCAGCA